AUGCUAUUGUUUUUUCUUCGUCAAGCAGAAGCAAAAGCAUUACUGACUUUUGUACUAUCACUUAUUAUUUUAUUUCUUUCUGCUAACAAUAUUCUUAUUUCAACUUGCAUUUGGACAUGGUUAUCGUCUAAUAUAGUUUAUCUUGUACUUUACUUUAUUAUUGUAAUCGUACUAAUGCGAUGGUUUGCUCGUGGUGGACAAUAUUUAGAUAUUCACAAACUUAACUUACACGGGCAAACAUUUUUAGUUACUGGAGCUGCUAGUGGCAUCGGUAAAGAAACAGCAAUUGAAUUAGCUAAACGCGGUGCUCGAGUUAUAAUUUUUGCUCGUCCUACAAGUCUCACCGAUGCGAUUAAUAAUGUGAAAAAAUUUAGUCGUUCACCAAAUAAUAUAAUAGGGUAUCCACUUGAUCUAGCUGAUUUGCGAUCAAUAAAAGCAUGUGUUGAAAAAUUCAUGAAGAAUGAAAACGAAAAUAAAAAAAUAGCAGCAUUGAUUAAUAAUGCUGGUGUGAUGGCUUGUCCUUAUGCACAAACUAAAGAUGGUUUUGAAUUACAAAUGGGUACAAAUCAUUUUGGUCAUUUUUAUUUUACACAAUUACUUUUACGUCGUCUUCGAUCAUCACGUAUUGUUAAUGUUUCUUCUACUGCUCAUUUUAUGUGGGCCGUACCGUGUGAUGCAUUACAUUAUGCACAAAUGUGUGAUCCAAAUACAUAUCAUCCAUUUUCUGCUUAUUCAUUGAGUAAAACAGCGAAUAUUCUAUUUACACGUGAACUUCAACGACGUUAUGGUGUGUCGCACAAUAUUCGUGCUUAUUCAUUACAUCCUGGAACGACAAAUACGCCGUUAGAUCGACAUUUAAGUUUGAGUGAUUUCAUACGGAAAUUAUUGAAACCAAUCAGAUACGUUAUUUUUAAAACACCAUUAGAAGGAGCACAAACAAUUCUUUAUUGUGCACUAUCAAAUGAAGCUAGACCAGCUGAAUAUCAUGCAGAUUGUCAACCAACACCAGUAUAUCAUAAAUAUGCGAAGGACGAUAAAAUAGCUCGAGAAUGGUGGGAUUAUUCUGAGCAAAUUAUCAAUGAAAAAAUCAAAGAAAUUUAA